AUGCUGCUGGUGUUGAGAGCUUUGCUGGUGCUGGGCCUGACCACCAUGCUGCAUGCCACCAGGAAAGGCCAGAAGGCUUUCCUGAAGUUGGAUCAUGGACAAAGACUGAAGGGCAGCACAGUGAGGCUGCUGCUGGAUCCCUCCAUGCAGCCUCAGGUCACCAGCACGUCUGGCUCGCUCAUCGCCAACAUGUCUCUGUCACCGUGGACGUACAGGGACUCCUGUGUGAAGUCUCGGCUGCCUCAGCGAAUCUCUCAUGCUCAGUGCCUGACCUCUGGCUGUCUGAGCCUGCAGGGGGGAGGCGAGGACGCAGCCCUGGAGGCCAAACCGAUCUACUACCAGGUCCUGGUCCUCCACAGAGGCAAAAGGCGAAGCUACAAUAACAAAGGAGGAACGAAGACAAAGAAGAAGUAUGAGUUCACACUGGGGAUGGAGGUGAUCUCAGUGGGCUGUACCUGCGUCAGGCCCACUGUCGUACCGCAGCAGUAACACGCAGGAGGCUUCAGCAUAUUGUACAUGUUUUAUCAUGUUCUAGCUUAAAGCUUUAAUAAGCAAUAUUUUUAAGUUAUCAUUGACUCAAAUGACAGUGUAAUGUAUUUUGCGAAGAUGCACAAGCGAAUAUUGCGGUUCCACUUUCUACAGUGACAGGGCCUCUAAUAUAAUAUAUACUCUGAUUAUCUGUGAACUGCAGAGAGCUGAGUUCUGCCCCCUAGUGGUGAACACAUUUACUGUUUCUCAUG